CCCACACCCCGGCGGAGGUGAUGAUGGUGCAUUGUGCGGGCUGCGAGAGGCCGAUUUUGGACCGGUUCCUCCUCAACGUCUUGGACAGGGCUUGGCACAUCAAAUGCGUCCAGUGCUGCGAGUGCAAAUGCAACCUGACCGAGAAAUGCUUCUCCAGGGAAGGCAAACUCUACUGCAAAAACGACUUUUUCAGGAGGUUUGGUACCAAAUGCGCCGGCUGUUCCCAAGGCAUCUCCCCCAGCGACCUGGUCCGGAAAGCCCGGAAUAAAGUGUUUCACCUGAACUGUUUCACCUGCAUGGUCUGCAACAAACAGCUUUCCACGGGCGAGGAACUCUAUAUCAUAGACGAGAACAAAUUUGUUUGCAAAGAGGAUUAUUUGAACUCUCCCACGCUGAAGGAAGGCAGCCUCAACUCAGCACCCGGGGCCGGAUCCUGCCACGCCAGUCAGUGGGGCCGCUGCUGUGAGCGAGUGUCCUCAUGUACAGACAGGAGUUUGUCCCCGGAUCUCCAGGACCCCAUGCAGGACGACACCAAGGAGACGGACAACUCGACCUCCUCGGACAAGGAGACCACCAACAACGAGAACGAGGAGCAGAACUCGGGCACCAAGCGGAGGGGGCCCCGCACCACCAUUAAAGCCAAGCAGCUGGAGACCCUCAAAGCUGCCUUCGCCGCCACCCCCAAACCCACCCGCCACAUCCGAGAGCAGCUGGCCCAGGAGACCGGCCUCAACAUGAGAGUCAUCCAGGUCUGGUUCCAGAACCGCCGGUCCAAGGAGCGACGGAUGAAGCAGCUGAGCGCCCUGGGUGCCCGCCGACACGCUUUCUUCCGCAGCCCGCGCAGGAUGCGGCCCCUCGGCGGCCGCCUCGACGAGUCCGAGAUGCUCGGCUCGACCCCCUACACUUACUACGGAGAUUACCAAGGUGACUACUACGGACCGGGAGGCAAUUAUGACUUUUUCCCCCACGGGCCGCCCUCCCAAGCCCAAUCCCCGGCCGAUUCCAGCUACCUUCAGAACUCAGGACCCGGCUCCACACCCCUGGGACCCUUGGAGCCCCCCCUAAGCGGACACCACUCCUCAGAAAACCAAAGGUACACGGAUAUGAUCUCACAUCCCGACACUCCCAGCCCCGAGCCGGGGGUGACCGGUUCGCUUCACCCCAUCCCUGGGGAGGUCUUCAGCGGGGGGCCCAGCCCCCCUUUCUCCAUGUCCAGCAAUAGCGGCUACAGCGGGGGGCUCCCGCACCCCAACCCGGAGCUCAGCGAGGCGGCGGUGUGGUAGGCUUGGGGUGGGCACGCGUGGAGGGGGAAACCCACCCCCCAAGAAAACACA